UUUUUCUUGAAGUUGCACCUUCAAAAUUAAAUUAAAUUUCUUGAUAACCUUAAUCUCUUCAUCCUUUAACCAAACAACUCAAUCAUCUAGCAUAUAGCUGUGGAACAAUGGCAGACGAUAAGGAUGAGAUCACUGAUCCUAAACAAUUAACCAACAUCUAUAAAAAGAAUGGUUCAUUUGAUAAUCAACGGAAGAAGCUAUUGAAUAAUUUCAAAUCCUCAGAAACUCAUCAUAACUUAUUAUUGAAAUUAAAAGUCAUGAUUGAAAAUAAAAUCAAGAAUGAUCCUAGUAUAUUGAUGAAGAAUAAAGGUAUAAUGGGGGCGUUGAUACAGGGGGAGAUCCUAAGUGAGAAUAAAGAUAAAAAGGAUAGUGAUGGAAGCAAUACAUCUCCAACAACCACCAAUCACAGUUCAACUUCUAUGACAUCUUCUUCAUCAUUGAAUUAUUAUAAGAAAGCAAGUGGUGGUAGUAGUUUAUUAAGUAUCGUGGAUAAGGAUAUUCAGGAUAAGAUUAUUGAUUCAUCAGAGUUUCAUAAAUUACUUCGAGAUGAAUUGAAAGAUAUACGAAGAAAACUAUUAGGUAUAAGUGAUGAUGAUUAUAAACAAUUAUUACAAGAAGAAAUUGAUAAAGAAAAGAAAGAACAAGAAGAGCAAAGAGUUAAAUUACAAUUGGAACAUAAUGAACGGGCUAACAAUAAUGGUCAUCAUAAUGAUUAUCGAAACAAUUUCCGAAUCAAGCAUUUGAAUUCAAAUCCUCAUAAAGUUACUAAACCCAGAUUUAAUUUCAAUUCUCGAAAUUCAACUUCAAAUGAAACUGAUGGUAGUAGUAGUAAUAGUGGAUCUAACAACAACAGCAACAAUAACAACAAUAAUGAUAAUGAUAGUAAUGAUAAGCCUACAAAACUGGUUCCUUUCAUGAUGUACUGAUAAGAUUGAUAUUUUUAUAUAUUUAACUGAAGGGUGGAUAUAAAUAUCUAAUUAAGUAUAUAAUAUAUAUAGUAAAUAAUAAUUCAUUUUAAAAAAAAAA